GUAUUUUAGCUUUACAAAGUUAGCCGAUGUUUAGUAUUAUAUUUAUAUUGGCUUUGGAGAGUCUUUUUAUUGGAAAGCAUAUGAACAGCUUGUCCUGGCCACUUCAGUGCUCUCCGGACCUCUUUAUGAACUAACUCCCUGUUAACAGUAGAGGCUAGAUGUUAGCACCAACAGUCGGCAGCAGGAAAAGGUGAACAGGAUGAGGCUGAAAGAUGGUUACCAUAUGGCACAGCAAACAUCAGCAGGACGGCGCUAUGUGCAAACUUUCAUUAGUGGAUUCUUUGUUGCUGUUCCCGUCACAGUUACUAUCCUAGAUAAACUGGCAUAUGUGGCUCGAGUGGAAGGAGCGUCCAUGCAGCCAUUCCUUAACCCAGAUGUGGGAGCCCAGUCUGAUGUUGUCUUGCUGAAUCGUUGGAGUGUAAGAAACUACCAAGUUCAAAGAGGGGACAUUGUCUCUGUUGUUUCCCCUAGAAAUCCCAAGCAGAAGAUCAUCAAGCGUGUCAUUGGCCUAGAAGGAGACUUCAUCAGGACUCUAAGCUACAAGAACCGAUAUGUACGGGUCCCUGACGGUCAUUUGUGGAUAGAGGGGGAUCAUCGUGGACACAGUCUGGACAGCAACUGCUUUGGACCGGUGUCACUGGGGCUCCUGCAUGGCAGGGCCUCCCACAUCAUUUGGCCACCAAAUCGUUGGCAACGCAUUAAACCAUCUCUACCGCCAAAUAGAGAACCACUGGAUGCUGAAGAAGAUGCUGAAUAAAAAAAAUAUCAAGUAGUUUUUGUACAAAUUCUUUUAAGCAAAUGUUGUACCAAUGUCUAUUUCCUCAGUAUGUAACCAUUUGAAUUUGAAUAAUCAAGUGCUUUGAUUGGG